AUGUGGAUGCAAUGGUUGAGCAGACGUUUCCUCCAGUGCUUGUUGGCACUCGCAUUGGCAGUUGCCGUACUAUCAUCCCCGCUUCCCGCAGAAGAUGAUCGCGCAUUAGCGUACGACGAGAUGCCGAUGCUCAGCGACUUCUAUGAUAACGCCGUUUUCGACAUGGAGAAGCGCGGUCUCCUCCGACUCGGCAAGCGCUCCCCACUGCGACUCGGGAAGCGCAGCGUGCUCCGACUUGGC